AUGGAUUCACCUCAAGUUCAACAUUCAGGUUCAGAGAACUCUGAAAAUACCGAGACCCCCAAUGGAAACCUUGUUCUGGAUGAGCUCGCUGCGAAAGUGAUUGAAGUCGUGGACGGUGAAAUGGUUGGCGCAAACACAGAGCCAAAGUUCAAGCCAACAGAAGAUGCUGUCUUACUCCAGACACAACCAUCUCUCGAGGCUCCCACAAAGAUGAACAUCAGUUACCUCACAUCGCCCAUGGUCGAACUCCUAGUAGGUGAAGGAGAAAAUAAAACUGUCCUAGCAGCGCAUCAGAACCUCCUCGCGCAAUCGCCGCUCCUGGCCGACCACAUUAACAAAUUCAACGCAUCAGGCCCGCGUCGCAUCGAGCUCCCAGGAGAAGAUGUCGAAGCGUUCACCUGCUUCCUCGAAUUCCAAUACUCUCAUGAAUACUCUCUAGGCGAAGAGAAAGAACCUCACGCUGAGUCCAAGACUACAGUGUAUGGCACAGAUGACAGCGGAGAACAGCUUCUCCGCCAUGCGCGCGUCUACACUCUCGCCGAGAAGUUGAAAUUGCCUGCGCUGAAGCGUCUCGCACACGCGAAAAUCCAUCGCAUCAAGAGCACUCCUAGCGGCGAGAUGGCCUACGCGCGCUAUAUAUACACUCACACCGCCGAAAAUGAUUCAAUUCGGAAGCCGGUUGCUGCGCACUGGGCUACUAAUGGCCAUGCUAUGCGCCAUGACUUAGAAGAUGCUUUUAAGGAGCUCUGUAUUGAAGUUCCGGCUUUUACCUUCGAUGUUUUGGAUAUUGUUAUGGGCCGUACAGCCCAUAAGCCAGGCCCAGGCAAGAAGCGUCGUCGUGAUAAUUAA